GGUGGUUGUUGGAGGGAGGAGGAAGGAAAUGAAAGAUGGCGGUUGAAAAUGGCGGAGGGAGGAGGGAGGGCAUGGUGGUUGGUGGAGCGGACGAGGGAGGAGAUGAACGAUGGCGGAGGGAGGAGGGAGGAGAUGGAAGAUGGUGGAGGGAGGAGGGAGGGGAUGGCGGAGGGAGGACGCCGAAGAUGGGGGAGGAAGAUGAUGGAGGGAGGUGGAGGGGAUGGAGAAAGAUGGGGGAGAAAGAUGGCGAGAGGUGGAGCGGAUGAGGGAAGUUGGGUUGACGUGGAGGGAGGAAGGACGGGAGAUGGCAGAGGGAGGAAGGAGGAGGGAGAAGGGAGGAGGUUGUGGAGAAAGAUGAUGGCGGGAGGUGGAGGGGACAAGGGAAGUUUGAUUGUGGAGGCAGAGCCGUUAAAACUAACCACGUCAGCAGGCCACGUCAGCAGGACACGUCAGCAUGACACGUCAGCAUUGCCACGUCAGCAGCAAGGGAUACCACAUCAGCAGACAUCGGUCUGGUCUAUGCUGUUGCGUUCAAAGACAACAGUCAUGGAUCAGAAGGCCGGGGAAACAGACGAGGCCUAUCAGGCCCGCAUGUUAGCCUGGAGUACCGAGACAAAGAAGCGAGCAGAUGACGCUGCGGCGGCAGCAAAGAAGAAGGCAGAGGAUGCCGAGCAGGCACGUCUGUUGGCCGUGCAACAACAGCGCCAGUACGACGAGGCAGCAACAACGGCUGCUGAUGAAGAAAGAACACAGCGUCGUGAGAAGAGAUUCAUCGGAGAGCGGGCGUUACUUACCAUGGCAGCAGAAUGGCGAAGCGAGGCCGAGAACAGCCAGUUGGAGGACAGCGCAAACAAGAUAGCGCUCCUUCUCUCGCAUCUCACGGAUCUCCUGGCAACCUGCAUUACACAGCAGGCGGAGAUCCUUGGUCUCGACAACUCGGUAGCUCAGCUUCAAGACCGCCUUCAGCGGGUGGAGCAGCGACCAGUCGCUGCCGCCGACGCAGGCUCUUCCAAUACUGCCGACUGCCUCACCGCAUUGGAGAUGCACGUCGGCUCCCUCCAGGAUGGCGCACAGUUACAGCAGACCGCGAUGCAACAAUUGCAGCAGCGGAUCUGCACUACCGCCACCACCUCGAGUCCGGAGCCGCGCAAAACAACUCCUAAGUUCGAUGGGCAGGAGAUCUUCCACGACUCAAUCAAAACAGAUCCGAUUCCAUGGUUUCGCAAGUUUGAGCGCACGCUGCAGCUCCACAACGUCAAGGAAAACAAGCACCACGCUUACUUGUACUCUCGCUCAGAGGGAGCGUGUCAGGCGUGGGUGGACAACUUGUUGUCCAAGUACGGAGUGGUAGCAGCGGGUUUGCACACCAUGAUCAGCUGGGAUGAUCUGAAGGCGGCGUGGCACAAGCGGUUCCAGGUGGAGCCGCCGGAGAUCAAAGCAAUGGACAAGCUUAUGGUCUUCGAGCAAGGCUCGCUGCCGAGUACGGACUGGAUCGCCGAGUACCAAUGCUUGGCGUCAGUCCCAGACAUCCAGAUGGGCUUCAAGGCCAUCAAGGUCAUGUCCGACAUUGAGCAAUGCCCUGACGCAUGUCGAGGACACCUUGACGACGACAGCGGAACUAUUCGACAAGGCUGCGCAGAUCAUCGUUACGAACAAGGAGGCCAAGAACCUCCGUUCUUUUGCGUCAGGCCCGAGCGGGAACCAGCAUCGGCCACGAGUGGCCGUGGUCGCAGCGGCAGCGCCAUAGAGGUUUUGGACCCGCUCACUUCUGAGGACUUUGCAUGGCUUCCUCUCCCGACCACCGGCUGUUUGUUGGGACCGCAAUGCGCAGCAGUUAGCGCUCAUCUCCACACUUACCUUUCCUUCUAUGCACCACCAACUUCGCCGAUGGAUGACGAAGUCGCGGUGGGGGACAUCCUGGCGUACGUUACCAAGGUGACCCGCGAGUUUUGCACGCAGCGGUACGAUAACAACAAUGCACCGCUCAUGUAUGUCCGCAUCCAGGUUGGGCAAGCGUCCUGCAGUGCUUUGCUGGAUAGCGGCACGACUCGCAACUUCAUGAGCCAGUCUUUUAUGCAAAGAGCUGGCCUUGGCGCACAAGUUCGGAGAAAGGCAAACCCGACGGCGAUCAAGUUGGCGGAUGGAAAGACGCAGCAACUACUCGACCGUUACAUCGAGGCCGUACCGGUCUACUUCGCACCUCAUGCAUGCGAACCGGUGACGUUCGAUAUUCUCGACACGGACUUUGACAUCAUUAUGGGAAUACCUUGGCUUGCAAGUGCGGAUCACACGAUCAACUUUCAUCGGCGGACUCUUAGCGUUCGCAACGCCUUCGGUGCGGAAGUGGCAUGUACGAUUCCUCUACCGCACUCUUCGAUCCGGUGCCAAGUGGUGACGACCAAAUCAUUCCGGGCGACUUGUGCUUACAAGCAGCCUGAGGAGAUCGGCAUAUGUUUCCUACUGACCGUCGCGGUAGCUGACUCUUCACCCACAGACUUGUCUUCGGACCCCCGUGUGGUACGGUUGCUAGACGAGUUCGCCGACAUCUUCGAGUCACCUACCGGUGUGGUGCCGGGUCGGCCGAUCUCUCACGAGAUCAUUCUUGAGGCCGGUGCCGUGCCGCCGAAAGGUUGCAUCUAUCAGAUGAGCGAAGAGGAGCUUGAGGGCAUCAGUCUGCUAUCGGACAAGAUUCAGGCCGUCCAAGAGUGGCCGGAGCCUCGAAACGUCACGGAUGUCCACUCGUUCCUCGGUCUUACCGGCUUGUAUCAGCGCUUCAUCAAAGGCUACUCCAAGAUCGCGGCCCACUUGAACAAGCUUCAGUGCGAGGAUCGGCCGUUUGACUUUGGAGAGGAGGCGCGGGGAUCAUUCCUCACUCUCAAAGCCGCGCUAUUGUCUGCGGAGGUCUUGCGGAUAUACGACCCGCUCGCGCCUACACGUGUCACUACGGAUGCGUCAGGCUAUGGCAUUGGUGCAGUCCUCGAGCAACAUGAUGGUGUGGACCGACACCCGGUCGAGUACUUCAGCAAGAAAGUGCCACUCGUGCAUUCCAUUGACGAUGCACGCAAGAAGGAGCUCCUUGCCUUCGUCCACGCGCGCAAGCGGUGGCGGCACUUCCUCCUUGGUCGAAGCCAAUUUCGCUGGGUAACGGACAACAAUCCGUUGGUCUUCUACAAGACCCAAGACACCGUCAACAGCACCAUCGCUCGAUGGAUGACUUUCAUCGACCAGUUCGACUUCUAUCCCUAUCACAUUCCCGAGAAGUCGAACCGUUUUGCGGAUGCUCUUUCACGGCGUCCGGAUCACUGUACCGCGGUCUACUUGACUUUCGAGAUUGACGAUGACCUGCGAAACAGCUUCAUCCGCGGUUACCAAGCCGACCCUGAGUUUCGCAACAAGUACGCGAAUUGCUCCUCGCCUAAUCCGGCUCCUUCUCACUACCGGAUCUAGGAGGGGUGCUUGCUUGUCCACACACGGGGGAAGGACCUUCUUUGCGUACCAAGUGAUCCUCACUUGCGUACACGGCUUCUUGGCGAGUUCC